AUGCCAGACCGCGGGCGAGAGCGGGAACGAAAACGAAGGCGACGUUAUUCUGAUGAAGAAGAUGAUGAUAAUGGCUUUACAGGAUGGAAGCUUGGUUUGGUCGUGGGAGUGAUCGUCGUCUGUUUCGCUAUGCUCUAUCCAACCGUAAUUCAUCCGAUGUUAAUGGGAUUCAUGGGUAAGUUGGUAGGCUUUAUGCAAGCACUCAGAUGGUUGUAA